AUGUUCCUCAAAGACGAGUACCCUCCCAAGGCAAUCCUUCUUGAAUACAUUCCGAACAUGAAGCAGCUUCACAGGAAAAACUACACGGAUGCCAAGCGCGACAACUUCAUCAAGGGCCUUGCGGAGAUCCACGCGGCUGGAGUAAUUCACGACGACAUUCAUCCGAGAAGCAUGAUGGUUGUGAAGGGGGACCCGGAGAGAGCGAUCUGGAUCGAUUCCGACAGGGCGCAGACCUGGGAUAAUGAUAACCUCACGGGCAAAGAGAAGGAAUGGCUGCAAUUCGAGAGUGAGCUUGCUGCGGAUCAGCUGGGAAUGAUGAAGGCCGAUGCGGAGGAGGGACAGACGAACAAGACUGCGCGUUUCUAUUGGUAG